AUGUUCUCUCUCAUUUCGCAAAACGGCAUAGCGGGCGCCACGACAAUCAGAGAUGCCGCCCAGGGGCACCGGACGCCGUCCACGUCAGCUGCAGGGGCCCGAUGCAACAAUUGUACCUGUUCACCAGGCUUGCUGUCCCGGAACAGACGCUCGUCGAUGUACUUGAUGCGGAUGAUCAACCCUGCCUCUCCACGGAAAUUGCACCUAGCAAGAGCUUUGUCCGAGGAACCAUCGUCCAUUGAAGAGUCUUGUGCUGACGUGCAGGAACUGAACACGAGUCUCCGCUUGGAAAAGAUCAGAGAGUUGAUGGGCGAGGCGAACUUAGGCGUGUACAUUAUCCCUUCGGAAGACGCACACCAGUCGGAGUAUACGUCGAAUGUCGAUCAGCGUCGGGCCUUUGUGUCUGGCUUUAGUGGAUCCGCUGGCGUGGCGAUAAUAACAAGAGAGCUCUCGAGCAUGAACGACCAGCCUGAAGGGUUGGCUUUCUUGGCAACCGACGGCAGAUAUUUCACACAGGCCGCCAACGAGCUGGAUUUCAACUGGUCUCUAUUGAAGCUCGGCGCCCCAGACACUAAAAGCUGGGAGCAAUGUGCUGUAGACCACGCGGCUCUGCUUUCGUUAGAUUCCGGAAAGGUGGUCAACAUUGGAAUCGACCCAAAGUUGAUCCCGUUCAAAGAAGUCAAAUACAUUGACAGCUUGAUUGCCGAAAAGUGCAAAGAAAAUCAGAACUAUAACGUCAAGUUGGUCGCCGUCAGAGAUAAUUUGGUGGAUAAAAUAUGGCCUCAGUUUGAGAAAAUUCCGACCAGAGAGUUCAAAAAGGUGUAUAAACUUGAUGAAAAGUACACCGGAGAAACGGCGAAAAGUAAAUUGGACAGAUUGAACGCAAACUACUUUAAGAAAUACGGUAGUUCAACACUGAUCUUGAACGCAUUAGAUGAGAUCGCUUGGCUUUUGAAUCUUAGGGGUAGUGACAUCGAAUACAACCCGUUGUUUUACAGUUAUUUGAUAAUUAACGGGAUUGACAAUUUGACUUUGUACUCGGAUAUCGAUACCAAAUGUAAAGAAGAGUUGAAAGACUACUUGAAAGAGCUCAAUUGUGAAAUAAAAUCUUAUGACGAGAUCUGGUUCGAUAUCCGUAAAACGGCAACUCAAUUGAACAACUCGGGCAAAAAGCUGUUGCUGACAGAGGAGGCAACUUGGAAAAUGGUCAAUUGUAUAAUUGCUAAGAAUUUCGUUGAAAUUGAGUCUCCAAUCAAGUCCAUGAAAGAAAUAAAAAAUGAAGUUGAGUUGAAAGGACAAAUACAAGCUCAAAUUGAAGACGGUUAUGCGCUAGUCAAGUACUUUUCUUGGUUGGAGAAAGAACUGAUCCAAAAGUCUUCUUUUAUAAGUGAAUAUGAGGCGGCAAUGGAAUUGUUGAAGAUUCGAUCUGAACUAAAAAACUUCAAAGGCUUGUCGUUUGAAACUAUUUCCUCGACGGGGGCAAAUGCCGCAAUCAUCCACUAUUCUCCGCCUUCUGAGGGAUCUAGCAUUAUCAAUCCAAAUAAAAUAUACUUGUGUGAUUCUGGUAGUCAGUUCUUGAACGGUACCACCGACACUACACGUACCUUGCAUUUUUCAGAGCCUACUAAGGAGGAAAUUGACAAUUACACGCUGGUAUUGAAAGGACAUAUAGCUUUGGCCAAGUUGGUCAUACCUGCCGACCAUGUCACCGGGUUCCAGGUAGAUUGUAUAGCCAGACAGUUCUUAUGGAACAAGGGGUUGGACUACAUGCAUGGUACUGGCCAUGGGGUUGACUCGUUUGGACCCGUCCACAGUGCCGGGGUUGGGAUAGGUUUCAGAGCAUACUGUAACAAAAACACUUUGAAGGAGGGUCAUUUAGUAAGUAACGAGCCAGGAUACUACAAGCCUGGCCAUUACGGUAUCAGGAUUGAAAACAUGGUUUUUUUGAAGGAGGUCGAAGGCAAGAAAGGAUCAUUGGAAUUUGUCACCACUACAAAGGUCCCAUACUGCAGAAAACUCAUUGAUGUGAACAUGUUAACCGUCGAGGAAAAAGAUUGGAUAAACAAUUAUCAUCACAGCAUUUGGGAGUUGUUUGAGCACAGGUUCCAGAAAAAGAGUUGGGAAUGGACUUGGUUGAGAAGAGAAACCGCUGCUAUAUAG